UUAAGUUGAUGAGAUUAAUUGUUGAUGUUGGUGGAGAAGCUUUAAGAAUAACAUUGAGGAAACAACUGUCAGCGAUGAUCGCAAUUUAGAGGAUAUUAAAUUAUUGAUUGAAGAAAGAAUAGGCUCUACUGACAGCCUUCCUGAUGUUAAAAAUAUUUUGGUAGAAAAAGCUGACGGACUUAUGUUGCUUGCAUCACUUCUUAGCAGUGAAGUCAAAAAUCAGGAUUUGUUGAAUGCGUCCAUACCAAAAGAUCUCAAUGAAUAUUACGAAACUUGCUUAGCAAGAUUAAGUAAGGAAUUAGAUUCGUUUGAUAUCAGUAACGAAAAGUUUCAGUCAAUUUUAAAUGCUCUGGCUGUUGCUAAAGAACCUCUUCCUUGGAAAAUGAUCGAUGACGUUCUUUGUUUGAAUUCGAAUCGCGACUCACUUGCGGUUAGAAAAAUUAUCUCUUGUCUGUUUGUUACCAAUGGAGAAGGAUGUGUUUCGUUUUUUCACAAAUCCUUAAAUGAUUGGUUGUUGGAUGAUCGAGAACAUGAUUACUCAGUAAAAACUUCUUGUGGUCAUCGACUUGUUUUAGAAUUUUGUUUAAAAUCUUUGGAUAACCUCAAAGCUGAAGGUGUAAACUAUGAGGUCAUCAAACAUGCGUCAGUGAGAUAUUCUGUCAAGUAUUGGUUGCUUCAUUUACUUAAUAUUUCUGAUAAUGAUUAUAUGGUUAAAAAUGUUGGUAAAUAUCUUGUUGACUUAGAAAUUUUAGUUGCUUCUAUUUUAGUUGACUCUCGUCGGACUUUUGAAAAUUUUAAAUUAUUCAACGCACAUGAUGUGUACUUUUAUAUUUCUGAGGACAUUCGAUUGUUAUUUAAUGAAGUUUAUUCUGCAAUUGCGUACUCUAAGUACUCUUUUCUCUAUGAAAGUAAAGUAUUGUUUUUGCAAUGCGUUGCCAACGAAGUCAAAGAUCUGUCGUCUCAAGCUACCACAAUGCUUCAAACACGUUUCAAAGAUUCACCAUAUCUGGAGUACAGAGACACGGGUUUUUUUAAGGCUCGAUUAUUACGUUUAGAACAAAAUUUGAUCUCAGUUGAUGUUUCACGAAAUCAUGAUUACGUCGUCUGUGGUUAUGAAGGAUUCAUCGUGCAACUUUUUUCAUUGAGGACAAACAGAUGUUUAUGGAUAAAAAAUAUUGCUGGUCAGUUUAAGCAAUAUGAAGAGAAAAACUUUUGCGUUGUCUUUAAUCCAUUCAUUGAUUUCAUUUCUGCUUCCCAGCUUGAUAAGAUACUAGACAUUAAUGGUAAAAUUUCCUGCAGUCCGUUCUAUUGUGAUGAUUCUACUUCUAAGUUCUUUACCAACAAAUGUUUUUCUAAGGAUAAGUACACAAUGGUCACUAGUUACAAAGAUACUUUGACAGUAUGGGACGUUGAGAAAGGUGAGAAGAAACGCAGUAUUAGAUGUCAUAAUGUGACCUCACUGUGUUUUUCUAAUUCUGGAAGAUAUUUGUGUGUUAUUGAUGAAAGAAAAGUGGCUCAAAUAUUUGAUGUAGCGAAUAAUUAUGAAACAAUCGUUUACGACGAUCAUUUACCUUGUGCAAGGUAUAUUGAUUCUUAUAUUUUGUUCACUGUUGGUCUUCAUUCUUGGUGUUGUCGCCAUCCUUGUUUAACGAAUGAACAUUUCAUUCUAAAUCCCACUGGUGAGAAACUUCCUGACUUAAAACCUUUUGCCCUAACUUCGUUUUUUCCUCUUGAUCCUUUUGAUGACAACAGAUCUAGCUUUUUCUUUUAUGGAGAAAAAACGUAUUACUUUAUUUUGAAUGACGACAAUGUUCUUUUGUUUGAUUACAAAGAUGAGUUUUAUCUUUAUUCAAUACCGCGUGCAUGUUUAACUAACAGUUACAGUUUUUUUAACGAGAAAUUUUGCUCAAAUGGAAAAUUUCUGUAUCGGAGCAAUGAAGAAAAUUCCAGGGUAAUUAUAUACAAUCUCAGCACAUUUGACUUUGAUGUCAAGGAAUGUUUUAUUAGUGACAUGGUUGCUGUAGAAAAUGGAGUUAUUUUGCUUACGGCAAAAAAUAUUCCUGAGCUUUGGAAUAAUGAAUUGACAAAACUUGUUUAUAGUUUCGAUGAACUAAAAGGUACAAACAAAGUUUUUGAGAGACCGCAGUGUGCGAUAAUAUCAACAUUGAGAGAGAUCAUGUAUAAAAGCUGA